ACACAGUCACCGCUACAGACCCACCGACCAAACACCACCUUACACACCCUUUUACUUCAACCCUUCCCCGGAAAAGAGAACAGCAACUGCGUUUUAUGUCCGCCUCGAUCGAAAACCUCAAGUCCUUCGACCCCUUCGCCGAAGCCGAUGAAGACACCGGAGAGAUAAAGCAGUCGAACCAGAGCAGCUACAUCCACAUCCGUAUCCAGCAGCGCAAUGGACGCAAGACCUUGACCACAGUUCAAGGACUCCCCAAGAAGUUCGAUCAGAAGAAGAUUCUCAAGGUCAUCAAGAAGGCCUUUGCUUGCAAUGGCACAAUCGUGAGCGACACCGAGAUGGGUGAAGUCAUCCAACUCCAGGGUGAUCAGAGAAAGGAUGUCCAGGAAUUCUUGUGUGACAAGAAGGAGGGCCUCGGUCUUGAUGCCAAGACCAUCAAGGUCCACGGUUUCUAAACGUCCAACAACCGCGCCAUGCACCCUCGUCGGGUACGAGAGACCAGCUGGUGGAUUAUCACGACAUUUGUUACUCUUCGAAUCGUCUACAAGGCGCCCAUUGCCACGAUCCACACGGCUUUUCCUUUCACUCUACGACCCUUACGAAUCCUUUUCUAGACAACAUGAUUUUGCUACCUGCCAAACAUCAUAACCUUCUGAAAACAUGGCCGCGGAUUACUCUGGCGUUUGUUCAAGAUACCCAAUGCUGUCUCUACUGACUGCAGCAACAUGUCUUAUUGGGCUUUUGUUGCUUUUUCCUAUCACCUUUCCGAUCAAGUAUUUCCUUCUAUGCCCUUGCUAUUCUCGCCAGGCGAGAGGAUGUCGCUUAACG